AUGCAUCGAAUACUCUCCCUUCUCCUUAUUGGGUCGAUUCUAACGCUAGGAGAGUCAUCCUGUCGAUGUCGACCAUCAGACUCAUGCUGGCCCUCCAUCAACACGUGGGCGGCAUUCAAUGAAUCUAUUGAUGGGCACUUGGUCCAACUGAGGCCGAUCGCAUCAGUGUGUCAUGAUCCCACAUUUAAUCACCAAGCGUGCAAUUAUGUGAAGAAUAUGACCAAUAACAAUGUGUGGCGAGCUAAUCAGCCAGGCGCAUUGCAGAACCGCGUGUGGGAGAGUGGCUCCCAACCAGAUGAGAGCUGUUUUCUUGAUUCCCCACGCGCCCAGCCGUGUUACCAAGGACGCAUUCCACUGUACUCUGUUGUCGCCGAAUCCAUCAUUCAUGUCCAGCGAGCUGUCCGAUUCGCCCGCGGGCACAAUCUGCGUCUUAUGAUCCGCAAUACGGGCCACGACACCUCAGGCCGGUCAAGCGGCGCCGACGCUUUGCAGCUCUACACCCAGAAACUAAAUGACAUUGUUUAUACUCAUGACUUUCGUGCCACCGGCUCCAACGCUUCUCUCGGCCCCGCAGUGACCUUUGGUGCAGGCGUCACCUUUGAACAAUUAUAUGCCCGUGGCGCUGUAGACAGCUUUAUGGUCACUGGGGGGGACUGCGUCUCCGUCGGCGCUGCAGGAGGAUACCUCCAAGGCGGAGGGGUCCCGGCGUUUCUGGGGCACACGUGGGGGCUGGGGGUAGACAAUGCCCUCGAAUUCGAGAUCGUGACUGCCAAUGGUGACUUGCAAAUCGCCAACUCACACAACAACCCCGAUCUCUUCUGGGCCCUCCGGGGCGGCGGCGGCGGCACCUUCGGGGUUGUAACACGGGCCACGAUGCGCACGUAUCCGGACCUUCCCCUGGCUGUCGUCACCGCCAGCUUCUCUGGCCCUCGCAGCGACGCUAGACUGUGGAACGUUGGGGUUACACGCCUUCUCUCGGCACUGCAAACUCUCAACCACGAUCGUAAGACAGGAGGUUACAUGACGCUGUCCCCCAGUCCUAACGGCAACGACACCAUCACUGCGCGGCUCAUCAUGCAUUUCCUUAACACGACAUCGGUAUCUCUCGGGCGUUCGCGCGUAAUGGCUCUCAUCGGCAAUAACACCUCAGUCUACACAGUGACAUCCCGCGCAGUGCCCAAGCUCAGCACAUACUAUGGCGCGGAGAACAUUGGCAUGAGUGCGCUCUUCGGGUCGACACUACUAUCAAAUGCGUUAUUUGACAAUGACACCAACAGCACGCUUCACCUCGCUCAGCGCCUCUCACAGAUUCCGCUUGGCCUCGGCGAUGCCAUCUUCACUAGUAACCUGGGCGGGGCUACCAAUCGCAUGAUCGACACGCCCCUACAUCCCGCGUGGCGGUCCGCCGCGCACUUGGUAACCAUCAUGGUGGGAGUAUCGGAGGAGGCAGGGGCGCGUGAUGCGACGGCGAAGCAGAUGGCCGAAGUGCAGUUGCCGAUGCUGUAUGCGCUAGACCGGGGGCAGGAGCAGGUCGAGUAUCGUAAUCUAGGAGCGGCCUUGCAGAAUGACUUCCAACGCAUGUACUGGGGGGAGGAGAACUACGCACGGUUACUGAGAAUCAAGCGGGCGUGGGAUCCGGAGGACUUGUUCCUUGCGAGAUACGGGGUGGGGAGUGAGGGGUGGGACGAGGAGGGAAUAUGCCGGUUACAGGGUGUAGGAGAUGUCUGA